GACUAUGUCUGGAUGGACCUGAGAUCCGGGCAGGAGUUUGACGUGCCCAUCGGGGCGGUGGUGAAGCUCUGUGACUCUGGGCAGAUCCAGGUGGUGGACGAUGAAGGCAAUGAACACUGGAUAUCCCCGCAGAACGCCAGGCACAUCAAGCCCAUGCACCCCACGUCUGUCCACGGCGUGGAGGACAUGAUCCGCUUGGGGGACCUCAACGAAGCUGGCAUCCUGCGCAACCUGCUCAUUAGAUACCGAGACCAUCUCAUCUACACCUACACGGGCUCCAUCCUGGUGGCUGUGAACCCCUACCAGCUGCUCUCUAUCUACUCGCCAGAACACAUCCGCCAGUACACCAACAAGAAGAUUGGGGAGAUGCCCCCACAUAUCUUUGCCAUUGCUGACAAUUGCUACUUCAACAUGAAGCGCAACAGCCGUGACCAGUGCUGCAUCAUCAGUGGGGAGUCUGGGGCAGGGAAGACGGAGAGCACAAAGCUGAUCCUGCAGUUCCUGGCGGCCAUCAGUGGGCAGCACUCGUGGAUCGAGCAGCAGGUGCUGGAAGCCACCCCCAUCCUGGAAGCAUUUGGGAAUGCCAAGACCAUUCGCAACGACAACUCAAGCCGCUUCGGGAAGUACAUUGACAUCCACUUCAACAAGCGAGGCGCCAUCGAGGGCGCCAGGAUCGAGCAGUACCUGCUGGAGAAGUCACGUGUCUGUCGCCAGGCCCCGGAUGAAAGGAAUUACCACGUGUUCUACUGCAUGCUGGAGGGCAUGGGUGAGGAACAGAAGAGGAAGCUGGGCCUGGGCCAGGCCGCGGACUAUAAUUACUUGGCCAUGGGUAACUGCAUAACCUGUGAGGGCCGCGAGGACAGCCAGGAGUAUGCCAACAUCCGCUCGGCCAUGAAGGUGCUCAUGUUCACUGACACGGAGAACUGGGAGAUCUCAAAGCUCCUGGCCGCCAUCCUGCACCUGGGCAACCUGCAGUAUGAGGACCGUACGUUUGAAAACCUGGAUGCCUGCGAGGUCCUCUUCUCCCCAUCCCUGGCCACAGCCGCGUCUCUGCUCGAGGUGAACCCCCCGGACCUGAUGAACUGCCUGACCAGCCGCACCCUCAUCACCCGCGGGGAGACGGUGUCCACCCCACUCAGCAGGGAGCAGGCGCUGGACGUGAGAGACGCCUUCGUCAAGGGGAUCUAUGGGCGGCUCUUUGUGUGGAUCGUGGACAAGAUCAAUGCAGCAAUUUACAAGCCUCCCUCCCAGGAUGUGGAGAACUCUCGACGGUCCAUUGGCCUCCUGGACAUCUUUGGGUUCGAGAACUUUGCUGUGAACAGCUUCGAGCAGCUGUGCAUCAACUUCGCCAAUGAGCACCUGCAGCAGUUCUUCGUGCGACACGUGUUCAAGCUGGAACAGGAGGAGUAUGACCUGGAGAGCAUCGACUGGCUGCACAUCGAGUUCACAGACAACCAGGACGCCCUGGACAUGAUCGCUAACAAGCCCAUGAACAUCAUUUCCCUCAUCGAUGAGGAGAGCAAGUUCCCCAAGGGCACAGACACCACCAUGCUGCAUAAACUGAACUCCCAGCACAAGCUCAACUCGAACUACAUUCCCCCCAAGAACAACCACGAGACCCAGUUUGGGAUCAACCACUUUGCAGGCGUUGUUUACUAUGAGAGUCAAGGCUUCCUGGAGAAGAACCGGGACACCCUGCAUGGAGACAUCAUCCAGCUGGUCCACUCCUCCAGGAACAAGUUCAUCAAGCAGAUCUUCCAGGCUGACGUCGCCAUGGGCGCCGAGACCAGGAAGCGCUCGCCCACACUCAGCAGCCAGUUCAAGCGGUCGCUGGAGCUGCUGAUGCGCACGCUGGGUGCCUGCCAGCCCUUCUUCGUGCGCUGCAUCAAGCCCAACGAGUUCAAGAAGCCCAUGCUGUUCGACCGGCACCUGUGUGUGCGCCAGCUGCGGUACUCGGGGAUGAUGGAGACCAUCCGAAUCCGCCGAGCCGGCUAUCCCAUCCGUUACAGCUUUGUGGAGUUCGUGGAGCGGUACCGAGUACUGCUGCCCGGCGUGAAGCCGGCCUACAAGCAGGAUGACCUUCGCGGGACAUGUCAGCGCAUGGCUGAGGCUGUGCUGGGCACCCACGAUGACUGGCAGAUUGGCAAAACCAAGAUUUUUCUGAAAGACCACCACGACAUGCUGCUGGAGGUGGAACGGGACAAGGCCAUCACUGACAGAGUCAUCCUCCUCCAGAAGGUCAUCCGGGGGUUCAAAGACAGGUCCAACUUCCUGAAGCUGAAGAAUGCUGCCACGCUGAUCCAGAGGCACUGGCGGGGCCACAACUGCAGGAGGAACUACGGGCUGAUGCGGUUGGGCUUCUUGCGGCUGCAGGCCUUGCACCGCUCCCGGAAGCUGCACCAGCAGUACUGCCUGGCCCGCCGGCGCAUCAUCGGGUUCCAGGCCCGCUGCCGCGCCUACCUGGUGCGCAAGGCUUUCCGUCAUCGCCUCUGGGCUGUGAUCACCGUGCAGGCCUACGCCCGGGGCAUGAUCGCCCGCAGGCUGCACCGGCGCCUCAGGGCUGAGUACCUGCGGCGCCUGGAGGCUGAGAAAAUGCGGCUGGCAGAGGAGGAGAAGCUCCGGAAGGAGAUGAGCGCCAAGAGGGCCAAGGAGGAGGCUGAACGCAAGCAUCAGGAGCGCCUGGCCCAGCUGGCCCGUGAGGACGCAGAGCGGGAGUUGAAGGAGAAGGAGGAGGCUCGGCGGAAGAAGGAGCUCCUGGAACAGAUGGAGAGGGCCCGCCACGAGCCCAUCAAUCACUCGGACAUGGUGGACAAGAUGUUUGGCUUCCUGGGGACUUCGGGCAGCCUGCCAGGCCAGGAGGGCCAGGCACCUAGUGGUUUCGAGGACCUGGAGCGCGGGCGGAGGGAGAUGGUGGAGGAAGACCUGGAUGCGGCCCUGCCCCUGCCUGAUGAGGAUGAGGAGGACCUCUCCGAGUAUAAAUUCGCCAAGUUCGCUGCCACUUACUUCCAGGGCACGACCACGCACACGUACAACCGGCGGCCGCUCAAGCAGCCACUGCUGUACCACGACGAUGAGGGCGACCAGCUGGCGGCCCUGGCGGUCUGGAUCACUAUCCUCCGGUUCAUGGGGGACCUCCCUGAGCCCAAGUACCACACGGCCAUGAGUGACGGCAGCGAGAAGAUUCCUGUGAUGACCAAGAUUUAUGAGACUCUGGGCAAGAAAACAUAUAAGAGGGAGCUUCAGGCCCUGCAGGGCGAGGGCGAGGCCCAGCUCCCUGAGGGGCAGAAGAAGAGCAGCGUGAGGCACAAACUGGUGCACUUGACCUUGAAGAAGAAGUCCAAACUGACAGAGGAGGUGACCAAGAGGCUGCAUGACGGAGAGUCCACGGUACAGGGCAACAGCAUGCUGGAGGACCGGCCCACCUCCAACCUGGAGAAGCUGCACUUCAUCAUUGGCAACGGCAUCCUGCGGCCAGCACUCCGGGAUGAGAUCUACUGCCAGAUCAGCAAGCAGCUCACUCACAACCCCUCCAAGAGCAGCUAUGCCCGGGGCUGGAUCCUCGUGUCUCUCUGUGUGGGCUGCUUCGCCCCCUCUGAGAAGUUCGUUAAGUACCUGCGGAACUUCAUCCACGGGGGACCACCUGGCUACGCCCCAUACUGUGAGGAGCGGCUCAGGAGGACCUUUGUCAAUGGGACACGGACACAGCCACCAAGCUGGCUGGAGCUGCAGGCCACCAAGUCCAAGAAGCCCAUCAUGUUGCCUGUGACGUUCAUGGACGGGACCACCAAGACCCUGUUGACAGACUCGGCAACCACGGCCAAGGAGCUCUGCAAAGCGCUAGCCGACAAGACCUCACUCAAGGACCGCUUCGGGUUCUCCCUCUACAUCGCCCUGUUUGAUAAGGUGUCCUCCCUGGGCAGUGGCAGCGACCACGUCAUGGACGCCAUCUCCCAGUGUGAGCAGUAUGCCAAGGAGCAAGGCGCCCAGGAGCGCAACGCCCCGUGGAGGCUCUUCUUCCGCAAGGAGGUCUUCACUCCCUGGCACAACCCCUCAGAAGACAAUGUGGCCACCAACCUCAUCUACCAGCAGGUGGUGCGAGGGGUCAAGUUUGGGGAGUACAGGUGUGAGAAGGUGAGUGAGAGCUAA